AUGCCAACGAUACACGCAGCUUCUAAUGGCACCGAUUUUGGCAUUAUUACUUUUCCGGCUGAGAAGGAGCAAUGCACCUGCGCCCUUCUAUCCAUGUCCUGCACCUGUUGCCAGAGCGUGGUGGUUAAUAUCAUGAACAUAACCAGGAGGCUUUGCAUGACUUUCAAGCUAUCGAUAUUGAGCGUCUCUGUUGAUGUCACCAUCACCCUCGAUGGCAACCAAGUUUCCCAGUUCAGCAUCAGCGCCAAAAAUCCGCCCACCUACUGCAUGCCCAUGCUCGAUCCCACGCCCCUGGCCAUGUGCGUCAAGGUGCACGACGUGAAGGUUGUUGGGCUGACAGGCGUCCAGAUCUGCUCCACCUUCUACACAAGCUUCGAUACGAAUCAAAUAUUCGCUUACGAAUUUCCUUGCGUUAAAUUAAGCACAAGCGGCGUUGAAUUGAUGUAA